AUGGCACCCUCGAUUACAACUCUUGAGCAUGGGUCCUCUGUAAUCCCUAUUAGCUCGGUGAAGCUACCCAAGAAAGCCCCAACUCAGAUCCCCCAAGAAUCUGUCGAUCUCUCGCUCACUCUUUGCGAAUCCCAUAUCCUUGAAGCUGCAAAAUCACAGUAUUUAGAGUACUUGAGUCCAGAAUUAACCCAGGAACUUGACAUUGAGUCGAUUCUUGUUGUUUGCUGGUUACUUGUGCUCAAUGGCUUCUCUCCCGUGAGAACCACGUACCUAGAAUUCCACCCUCAAUCAAAUUUGUGCUACAUAGAUGAUGAGCGCCAGGGCAUUAAUUCAAGCGCUCUCGAAUUCUCCUCGGAGCGCCCAUUAAAAGAUCUCGUUCGGGACUUUUGCCUCAUCAAGGCAGGCAUCCACCCCACGGACCCUGACGACGGAUCGGCUGUCGAUGGCAGGAAUUCCUUUCUCAGCUCGGCCUUCCGCUAUGCUGGGGACCGCCCAACUUUGCAAGAAGCUCCAUUGUCUGCCAAUUCAAAGAUCCCCAAAUCAAAGCUCAUGCUCAAUGUGACAAACAAUAAUGGAAGAUUACAUGCGAGCCUUGCGUUCUCCUCGCCCGAAAUGUCCAAAGAGUUCGCAACAAGUCUCCUUCACUCCUUGAACAAAAUCGUGGCAUCCAUAUACCGUUCUCCCACAACUUCCUUGGGCGACCUUGAUUUGUGUUCAGAUCUCGACCUCAUCCUUAUGCAAAAGUUUACGAAGGAGGUUUCGGAGCCUCACGAGGUCUUGUUACAUGACAUGGCGCUGGAGCAUGCGCGAUUGACCCCCGAUGCCCCUGCAAUCUACUCGUGGGAUGGAGAUUACACCUAUCGAGAGCUGGAUGACGUUACAUCCCGUCUUGCUCUUCACUUGACCAAUAUUGGCGUUGGUCCUGAAACGUUCGUUCUCAGUUGUUUCGAAAAGUCGUCUUUCGCCAUUAUUGCUCGCCUGGCAAUUUUAAAAGCCGGUGGCGCGUAUAUAUCUAUCGACGCUCGCGACCCUCCCAUCUUCCUUGACUCAGUCAUCAAUCGUGUCAACGCUAAAGUCAUGCUCACAUCCCCUGAAUAUGUAUCAAAAUACGCCGCCCUUAUCCCGGACGUGAUUCCCAUCUCGGGAGACAUGCUCAAAGAGCUUCCCACUGGGCCUUUAUCAUCAACCGUCAAACCAAACAAUGCCUGUUUGAUUCUAUUUACCUCUGGGAGUACAGGCCAGCCCAAGGGUAUUAUCCAGGAACAUCGGUCUUAUGCCGUCGCAAUCCGCGAUUACAACAAGGUCCUUGGUCUAGGCCGACACAGCCGUGUAUUUCAAUUCGACGACUAUGCAUUCGACAUCAGUAACAAUGAGUACCUCACAGCUCUGGCUGCCGGUGGCUGUUGUUGUGUUCCCACACCCGACAAAUCCCUCUCGAGCCUGAUUGAGAACAUCAAUUUGACCAAGGCCAACAUGAGCUUCUUGACUCCAACAGUUGCUAUUCAAAUCAGCCCCAAGGCUCUUCCGUCACUCGAGUUGCUUUGCAUUGGGGGUGAGCCCAUGUCAAAUGAUCUACUCUUGAAAUGGGGACCUCAUGUGAAACUUGUAAACCAGUACGGGAUGGGCGAGGCAGCCACCUUCUGCGCGUACAACGACAAUCCCAAGGCAGGCCACAAUGCUGUCGUCGGAAAAUCCGGUAGCGGUGCCAUUUGGAUUGCGAAUACUUCCUCUCCUCAGCGGCCAGUGCCCAUUGGCGCUGUCGGUGAGAUUUUGAUUGAAGGUCCCCACCUCUCCCGUGGGUACUUAGAUGACAUCUGCCAGAAACCCGAUGUCGGAUUCCUUAGUGAAGUACCUCGGUGGAUUGCGGACCUCCACCCGUCACGAGCAGCAAGUUCUCGCAUCUACCGGUCUGGUGAUCUGGGUCGUUAUCGCCAUGACGGUACAGUGGAGCACAUGGGCCGAAAGGACACACUUCUAAAACUCAACGGCGAGCGUGUUGAGUCGACUGAAGUGGAGUACAUCCUUCGAAGAACUCUCUCGCCGGGCGAUGUCAGCGUCAUAGAUAUUCUUGGCGAGAUUGACGGUAGCGACGACCCUAUCCUGGUGGCCUUUAUUUACCUGGAUGAAAAUCCAGCGAACCUUCUUCCCGGAAUUUCAGACCAUGAAAUGUCGUUUCUUCCGAUCACAAAUCGUGUUCGAGCGAAUAAUCUGGUGAAGGCAAUGCGGAAAGAAGUCGAUAGCACGCUCCCCAAGCACAUGAUGCCUAGCUUGUUUCUCCUUGUUGACCGAAUUCCUCGGACAAGAUCUAACAAGCUUGAUCGCAGAAAGCUGCAUCAAAUUGCCCAAAAGUGGUAUAAAGACAAUCGAGAUAUGUGA